AUAUAAACCUUAUGACUUUUCUUUCUUUUUCUCUCAAACUUCAAAUUUCUCUAUCUAUAUAUCUCUCUCUCUCUAUUUUCUAAGCCAUUAAACAAGCACCACUCAUAAUUCCUUUAUAGGAAAAUGAUCAAGAUAUUUAUGCUAUUAUGUCUUCUCUUCUUAGCUUCUUCUGGAUUUGUCAAUGGCUCAAUUAAGAAAGAGAAGGAUUAUAAUAUUAAGUUGUUUGUGCUCAAGAAAGGUGAUCUUACUUUGAAGGUCACUAAUUGGGGUGCUACACUUGUUUCAUUAAUCCUUCCCGAUAAAAAUGGAAAGUUAGGUGAUAUUGUUCUAGGAUAUGAUAAUGUCAAGACAUACACUAAUGAUACAUCAUACUUUGGAGCUACAGUUGGCAGGGUUGCUAAUAGAAUUGGAGGAGCUCAAUUUACUCUAAAUGGAACACAUUACAAAUUAAUAGCAAAUGAAGGAAACAAUACUCUUCAUGGUGGAACUAGAGGAUUCAGUGAUGUUCUUUGGAAAGUGGAAAAGUAUGUAAAAGAAGGUGAUAGACAAUUGAUCAAAUUCAGUUACCAUAGUUUUGAUGGAGAAGAAGGAUUUCCUGGUGACCUCAAAGUAACAGUGAGCUACAUUCUAGGAAAAAACUCCUUAAUUAUAAUCAUGAAAGCAAAAGCUCUUAACAAACCUACACCAGUAAAUUUAGUUAACCAUGCUUAUUGGAACCUAGGAAACCACAACAGUGGCAACAUUUUAGAUGAAGUGGUUCAAAUCUUUGGGUCAAAAAUCACACUUAUAGACAACAAUCUAAUUCCCACUGGCAAAUUUUCAUCAGUCAAAGGAACACCCUAUGAUUUUCUAAAGCCACAAGUUGUUGGUAAAAGAAUUAAUCAAUUACCAAAAACAAAUGGUUAUGACAUCAACUAUGUGCUUAAUAAAGAAAAGGAGAAACACAAGAAAUUAAAGGUUGCAGCUAUAGUGAUGGAUAAGAAAUCAGGGAGAGUUAUGAAGCUUAGUACUAAUGCUCCUGGUUUGCAAUUUUAUAGUGCUAAUUUUGUGAAGAAUGAGAAGGGAAAAGGUGGAUUUGUUUAUCAGCCACGUAGUGCGCUUUGUUUGGAGAGUCAAGCUUUUCCUGAUUCAGUUAAUCAUCCUAAUUUUCCUUCCACUAUUGUUACUAAAGAAAAGCCUUAUAAGCAUGUUAUGUUGUUGAGGUUUUCAACCAAAGUUCCACAUGCUUUUUCACAAUUCUAGUGUUUAGCAUGAUUAUUGUGUUCAUGCAAUCUAUAUGAUUAAGUCAAAUAAGUGGAUUUUUUUGUUAAUUACUCAUGAUUUGUUGUCAUGUUUCAUCUAUUUUGUAAUACCUUAUAUUACCUAGAAUAAUAUUUGUAUGAUUGGAAGGGUUUGAGGAGAUACUUAUAAAAUUCAUUAA